AUGACACCUUUUCUCAUACUCUUCGUUAUAACCCUGGUAAAUUCAGAAGAUACCGGCAAUGAUACCAUAUGUGACGGAUUCCAGGCCAACUUCAAUUUGAAGGAUGUGAUCGGUGAAUGGCAGGUGGUUGCUAUCAUACCUGAGAAGUUGUUCCCUGAGAAACAGGUGACUUGUUAUAAAGUGGAGAUCAGUGAGACUGAUGGGGCUAGUCUAAGAUGGUUGAUAAAUAAAACAAUAGAUUCUCCAAAAGAAUUCCUUCCAAACGACACAAAUGGGAUUAUAGUACGGCAGAGAUAUCACACAGAAAACCCCUUCGACGUCUGGUCCAAGUCUAUACAAGGAGUGAACGGAUGCUUCCAACAAGUCCUAUCCUUAGAUAUCUCGAAGAAAGAUAUACAUAAAGCCCUAAGACACGAUGCAAUGAUGCAACUCCAUCUUCUAGAAGUUAAAGGAUCUGAACCAUUCCUCAUGCAAAUGUUAUGGGGGAGGAUGAUUGCUCUCGUCAUCUAUCGCAGAAAACCGGUAAUUGAAGUAACACAAGACGAGUUGAAACCAGUAUUUGAGCUGAUCACCAAGCUCCGUGGACCUCAAAGGUUGCCAAAAAUAUGUGAGAAUCCUUUGAGAGAUAUUUUAGUGUUCUAA